CGGUGGAAUGUCUACGUGUUCACAGCUCCUAUUCGGUUUAGCUGCUUUUUUUCAGUAGCGGUGUUCACUAUAGGAUUCUCGAUUGUCUCUCAGUGGUGUUUUAGUGUUGUUACGUGGGUGUCAAGUGUCUGAAAAAUUGGAAAUUAGGUCUACUUCCGACUCUUCUGAGCGAUACAGGAUAUCUGUGUAGCAAACUAGUUCCUGUAGAUCCAACGAGCCCAGAAGCUGCGAAUAUCCGGCAUAUAACUAAGAAAUUAUCGAAGGCUGCUAAUCCAGAUACAGGUAGCUCUUUUGUUUGUGCAUGCAUAAAUAAAGUUAUAUUUUUCCAGUCGUUGUACGUCCAAAAAGUGAAGAAGCCGCCGAGGCAGCCGAAAUUCAGCAUAAAGAAACGGCUGAGAUUCCUGCUAUACCAGAGAUAAAUUUCAAUGAAGUUCCGUUGCCUCUCCGUAUAGCUUCGGGAACGGUUUACAAUUUUAUCAGGCGUUUACCGGACAGUCCUAUCUCACACACCAUGGGAUUUCCUGACACGGCCUUGAAGCCCGAAGACUUGAUCGUGGACCUGACCGGUCUCCCCAACAGCCCUAAGGAUGUUCCCGAGGAGCUGCUACCGCCGCUAGCCGAGAAAAAGGGCAUCGAAAAAGCGAAGGCGAUCGCGGAGAGCAAAUGGAAGGAACUGUUGGCUGUGGAGAGCGUAGCUCAGAAUGAGACCGGACAGAAGAACUUCUUAUACCCGAGAGAGUUCAUCGCUUGGAUGGAGCAGACCAUGCAGGAUUUUAGAAGGCUUUCAGCUAUCAACCUUGGAGUGCUUCGUUUGUUGAGAAAAGCUCUUAAAGAUAAUCACCUUACAGGGCUCGUGGGAAUAUCUGGAACUUUGACAGCAGUUACAGGGCUGGCAGAGUUUGAAAAAGCAGUUCAAGCAGCUGUAGAUGUGUUGGGAUUCCCCGUUGCGUAAAACGACGACGAAAACGCCGGAAUUUGUCCAGGAGGAGCGGUAGAUAAGGAUAAAGGAUAACAUGAGCAUAAGUUAAGAACAUAGGUAGCAAUUGUUUGUAUUUAUUAAAAAUGUGAGAUGAUUAAAGUAUAUUUUAGAGA